UAGUAAAUUGAUGCUAGUAACUACGUUUUGUAAAAUCGAAGUUAUUCAUAAUACGAACGACCGCAAAGUAGUUUCGACUAGUAAGUUUUGAAAAAUUUGGUUUUGUAGUGAAUAAAAAUUGUGAAAUAAUAAAAAUGUUAGCUCUAAAACGUACCUUUCCUGGUUUACAAAGAUGGGCAUACAACUUGUCUGGUUUUAAUCAGUUAGGUUUAUUUCGAGAUGAUGUCCUUCAAGAAACUCCAGAUGUAAUAGAAGCACUUAGACGAUUACCACAUAAUUUAAAAGAAGAACGUGAUUUUCGCCUUGUUAGAGCUGUGCAAUUAAAUACCUCGAACAAAAUUUUACCAAAAGAACAGUGGACUAAACUAGAAGAGGAUGUACCAUAUCUUCAACCAUAUGUAGAUGAAGUAAUACGGGAACGCAUAGAAAGAGAAGAAUAUGAUGCUCAGUAAAGUAUAAAUUGAUAAAAUGUAAUAAUUAAAAUUAGUAAAAUUAAUAUUUAUCUUAUGUCUAGUUUACUAAAAUUUAAACUGUUGAUUUGAAUCUGUAAUAAAUGAAAAUUAAGUAGAUUAUA